CCACGUGCUGCGAGAGGUAUUAUACAGGUUCACCACCAUGCCAAAAAGGGCACACACAUAUAUACACACAAAACCACUACAACACACGCGUUGAGUCAAAAACACGGGUCGCACACGUAUGAUCCAUCGUGGCAUACCACCGAUUGCCGCCCUCCCCCUCCCUCGCCCUCUCCCGUCUGUCUGACCCCCUCCCUGCGCUCAGCUGCUGUCGACGAGAGCACCUGCCACACCUCCACCUCUAUGGCAUUGCCGUUCAUGGUGCUCGCCAGAGUGCCGCAGCCGCGCCGGUUCACCUCCCCACGGUAAGACUCUGGGAGGUGCUCGCCGCCGAUGUACUGAUGCAUGCUCCGCACAUCGUUUGUCGGCCCCGGCAGCCCCCACCCGAGCCACAGAUAGCCCCGCCCGAGACACAGCUUGCCCCGGCAGUCGCUGAGGUCGCUCUUGAUGGAUGCGUGGUCUCCAGCCACGUUUAUCAGCCGCCGUUCUGGCGGCACGGCGAUCUUGAUUGGCGUGUCGAAAGCGCCUCUGAGGGCGAAGAACCAGAGGUGGCACCUGUACUGGCCUGUGCAUCUGUUGGUCCGGGGUGGCUGCUUGAUGGCGGCCUCCAUAUAGCAGCCGAAUAGGUGGCAGUCCUGCCGGAUGAGCAGCAGCAGGGGAGACGCACUACCGACUCGCCUGAGCAUGUCCGUGACCGUAAAGCCGUCGCGACUGCCCCUGCACAGAAGAAACAGGCAGGAGGAAAGAGGCAGGGGCAUGGCAUCUAGGCUCCUUGAUAUGAUGGCCCGCUGCGCAUCCCCCCACCCCACGCACCUGUACAAUAGCUUGAUGGACUGCCCAUGUCCGAUCCACUUGCGCAAAGCGAGCAGCUCAUCCUCAGUCAACGAUAUAAGACUCGGAAACUGCAGCCACACGCCAACACAGACAAUACACCAGACAUGAUGAGUAGGCCAUGGAUGGAUGGAUGGGCUGGCCGCAUACCGUGAGUGUGGCGUCAUGUGGUGUCACCUCCCUCUCGACAGCAAGGGCCUGCAGCCUCUGGUCGCUGUCGCUCUGCGCUGCCUUGACAGAGGCACCCAGGCUGGCCAGAUCCCGACGGAGCGAUUGGUGCCACUGACGGUCGAAGAUCAAACGCCAGAGAUGAGAAUGAGGCAGACAGCAUGGUGGUAAUGGUUGUGCUGUGCUCACCUUGUGAAUGAGAAGUCCGCCGAAGAGCAGCACGGUGAGAGGGACCGUCCAGGCAACCUCCUGCAGUGCACAAACACAGCACCACACCAAGCAAAUCAUCUCUCCCGAUGCGCCUUUCCCACCUUGCCUCACCUUUCCAUUGAUGGUCUCUCCCAAUGUUUUCCACCAGUGAUUGCCUCCCGCAGCACGAUGGUGGACACCCUUGAUGAUGCGUAUGCCCUGACCUCGCUCUGGAUUCGGCACCGCAGAUCUCAGCACAUGACUGAAGCUCUUGACGAUGAACGGCGGCAAUACCAAUGGGACGAAGAAGAAGGGCAUCUGGCCAUUCAGGCGACGCACAGCUAAGGUCUAUCACGACAGAU